AUGCUUAAACUGCUGCCUGAAUGCGAGGUCAAGGAUUACAAGGUUCAAUCACGCCCACCUGUUACCAGCUACUCCUUUCUUGAAUAUUCAACAUGCGUUUUUAAACGUAUUUUGACCAGUCUCAAAAUUCAAAAUUGGGGCGACAGCGUUGUUCAGCCUGCCUUGGAAUUGAAUCGAGGAGGCGAAAAGGUACUCAACCAGCCAUGGUGUGCUACAUCGCGAAAUGCGGAACGCGGCUGCUUCCAAUCGAUCCAUCAUCUAUACAUCUAA